AUGAGCUUAUUAAAUAGAAAAGAAACCUCUUUAAUGUUAAAUUUUUUUUUUAAAAAUGUGAGAAAUAUACAUUCCUUUAAACAAAAAUAUGAUACAGUAUUAAAUAAAAAGGUAAUAAAAUGGAGAAGUCAGAAAAAGGGUUUAUUUAAUAAGGUGUGUCAAAAAAAGAGUUUUACAAGUUUAGAGUGUGAACAAAUAAAUAAUAAAAAUGAAAAAGAGGAAGAAGACAAAAAAUUUAAUGGUGACAAUAAUAUUAGUGAUAAUGAGAUAUAUAAUGAGGAUGAAGAAGAUGAUAAAUAUAUAAAAUCCUUUUAUGAAAUAUAUGAUAAUAAUAAAGAUACUUACGAUUGCCCUAAAGAGUUGAUGAGGUUUAUUAUAAAAGAACAUAUGAAUGUAAAGAUAAAAAUAAAAUGUUCUAGUCCUCGAAAUAUGAAAAAAUCAGAUGUAAGAAAUAUUAUUAAUAAUAUGUUUGAAAAAAGUAAUAUAAAUGAACAGAAUAAUAUAAACAAAGCAGAUAUACAUAAUGGUAAAAAUGAAAUUCAUAAUAAUCCAGAUGAAAAAAAUUAUGAUAUAUAUUAUUUAUCAUCAACUUUUAAAAAUUAUAAUUACCCUGAAAGAAAUGUUUUAUGGCCUAAUCCGUUGGUAUAUAAUCAUCGUUUGCAACCUUUUAUUUUGAAGAAAGGAAAAGAACAAAAUGUAAAUGAUAUGAAUAAUAAGAAGAAUACAAAUAAUUUAAAUGACAAUUUUGAAAGAGAUAAAGAAAAUAUAGAGAGAAAUAAAAAGAGAUUAGAAAAUUUAUGGUCUUAUAGUUCCAGCUAUGGUAUUGAUUGGAAUACACUAGAUGAAUUAUUUUUAAAUUAUAAAACAAAAAAAAAUGAACAUCAAAAUGAAUGGGAAAAAUAUAAAAGUAAUAUUAUGAUGUAUGCUUCUAAAGUAUGUAAAAGAAAAUUAAUAAAUAGUAGAAAGAAAUUAUUAAACGAAUUAAAUAUUGAUUAUUCAAAUAAUAUAUAUGCUAACUAUGAUGAUCGUAGUAUCAAAAAUGAACAAAUAAAUUUGGAUGAAGAUAAUACUGAGUAUAAUUUGUUAUUACCUCGAUCGAUUUUUAGAAAAUGGACACGCACAUUAUAUUAUUAUUGGAAAGAUAAAUAUAUGCAUUAUUAUCAUAAUACCCUUUGUGAUUACUUAAAAGGUGAAAUUGUAGACCUACAACUUUUACGAGAACACAAUGAAAGAAAUUUAAACUUAUCAAAUAAAAAAAUGAUGAACAAGCAUACUUAUAAUUUAAAACCAGUAACUGGAUCUAAUUUAUAUAUUACAAGAUAUAUAAAAAGGAAAAACAACAAUGAAGAAAAUGAUGAUACAUUUGACUUAACGGGAGUCGGCGAAAAUAUAUACAAUACAGUUAAAAGAGAAUAA